GCUGACGUACUUUGAAACGGACAGCUAAUCCAUUAUGGCGGAUUGCGCCGAGUGUACUAGGAGCGGGUGAAUACUUUUUCGUGGAUUACAUUUACGAGACACAUUGACCGUUCCCUAGUCCUGCGUUGGUGAAACCUCCGAGUGCAAAGAACCCUAUGGGAGCGAAAGUCGCGACUAUGAGAUCCUCAGUGUCGGGAACGCGCGUUACCGAGCAGGUGUUGUUCAUCUAAAACAUAUUUUGUCCGCGACCCUUUCUACAUACGCGGUUGUGAUGGUGUUUUUCGAGUGUUUUGGAUAUCAAGGGGACUUUCACGAGAUGUGCAGAUGUUCCGCGAGCUGAAACCAAGUCUUUUCCGAAGUUCCGCGAAAGGGCCUCAGACUGGCCUAAGGAGACCGCUCAGGUCGAUGAUAUGCUGGCGCGAUGGCCGAGAAGCCUGAGGCGGCGCCGCCGUCGGCCUCCGAAGCCCUACCGCCCCCUCACCACGCCCUACAGAAUCACUUGGUUGCCGUGUACGUCGCGAAUGAGCCGACCGAAUACGGCUACGCUGCCCACCGACCCCCGUACGCCAAUAGCGGUGAAGAAUGCCUGGUGACGUACCACCCAUCGGCAGGAGUGGUGGGGGAACCGCCUGCGCCCAGUCCGUCCAGUUGCAGCAGUCUAAGUAGCUCGACGGACGAAGGAGGCGGAGCUAUCGUGAGCUCCGCCCAUCAGGAGGUUGUGCUGUAUGAGGGAACGCCCUCCGUGGUAGGGAGAAAUACCUCCGGGGGCGUGGUGCUCGCUGUCAGACAGCCGCAGCAGCAACAAGGUAGCGGGCAAGUAGUUGUGCAACAUCAUCCGCAACCCGUGCAACAGCAGCAGCAGUUUGUGUCAGUGCCCUAUGGAUGGAAAAGGAUACUCAAUAAUGGCAGCGUUGUUUAUAUCAGAAAUUCACCAUCUGACUCUUGCCUACGAAGUUCGCUGCUCACAAUGGAUUUUCCGGAUAAUACGCACCUUACGUUAACAAUAUGUAGUGAUAAGAUAAUAUUAGUAAUGAUAAUGUGACUUU